AGAAAUUGAAAACAUUUGUGUGAGUUGUCUCAUUAAGUUGUAAAGCGUAAUUCUAGACAACGGUUUUUUGUUACCAUGUCUUCAAACACUGAGAAUUUAUUCACAUCAAUAAAAGAUGGCCGAUCAGCGUUGCAAACUUACUUCAAUAAAUUGGGAGCAAACACGGAAUAUUUUUUCUUUGGUGGUCCGAAUCGGAAAAAACUGAGGGAUACCGUUCAAAAUUUGUCUGAAACCUUACAGGCUCAAAGUGAACACAACAACCAAACCAUGUGGCAGAAUCUGAAUAUAGUUUUCAUUGAACUAUUUAAACAAAUGGAACAGUUACUUGUAGCUGGAGAUGCUAAUGAAAAUGAGACGGAUAAACAAUUUUCAUUGGAGGAAAUCACAAUUCUACUGAACAACAUUUGUGCAUUGUGCUUUGCUGCUAUUGUUGGUGAAAACCCAGUUGUAAGCAACGAAUUAUUGGAAAUUGUUCUUAUUUUUCAUGGUUCAUUACCAGUUUUGUCUGGGAAUUCAACAAUUUUGCCGAAAAAUAUUUGCAAGUUGUGUAUUACUUGGUGGGUGAAAGAUCUGCCUAAGAAAGAAGAACUUUGUCUCAAUGUGUGGAUUUAUUUGCUCAGAACUAUUUGUGAUGUUCCUUCAAAAAAGCAAAACACCUACUGGUUAGCAGAGUUGUGUAAGAUGCAAAAAUCUGUCGGUCUGUUCGAUCUUUCGGGAAGUUUUAUUCAAUCAAGUGGUGAUCAACCAAAUGUUGAAGAUUUUCAAGAAUUAAGGCGAUUGAUAUUAAAAUGUUCUACACAUCCCACUUUUUUGAAGCAAAGAAAAGGCCAAAUGUUUCUUUCCUACAUAUUACUUCUAAAUCAGGAUAUAAUGAAAGGCAUACAUGGAGCUAUCAUAGACAGCAUAUACUCCAUGUUGGGCCAUAGCCAUGGUCACAUGUACGGCAAUCUUUAUUAUUUGACUUGGACCUUAGCUGACAAGGAUCAGAAACUACAUUUUGAAGAGAUCUGCAUACAAGAUGUAAUGUACAGGGCAGUAUGUGCACCUCGUAACAAACUUGCUUCCCAAUGUUUGUUCACAUCUUUCCAAGUAAUCCUUCAAGAAAUUGUGAAGCAAAGAACCUUGCCUUGCCCACACAUGGUGGAGAGAUUGUAUAGUCCUAUAUUAUGGAGAUCACUAAAGGCCACAAACGCAAUGGUACGAGCCAACGCAGCAAAUCUUCUUUUUGAUGCGUUUCCACUUCAAUCGGAUGGAGGAGCCGAUAAACAGAAUGAGCUCCUCCAGCGACUCUUCACGGCAAUUGAGAGCCUUGUCUCCGACUCCCAACCUCAGAUCCGGAGCUUGGCGAUUAUCGGAUUCUGCCAAAUCUUCACAAAACAUUGGGAUGUCAUUCCUGCUCAUGUGAUCGCGAUACAGACGAGGAAUAUUUGCACGAACCUCGCGUUUGACUCUAGCUCCCCAAAAGUCCGGCAAUCGGUGAUGGAGGGUCUUAUCAUCCUCCUUUCAAAUCCCUUUAGCCAUCGAUUGCUCCAAAAACUUCUCCCUUCCCUUUCCAACUGCAUCCACGACGCAAACGAAAAAGUUCGAUUAUUUUUCAUGGACCUUCUUAUAAAUGUGAAGAAAACCGACCUCAUUUCGUUUUGGGAUGUGUGUCCGGUUAACAACAUAAUCGCGCAGUUAGAUGUGGACAACCACACUAUUACAAGCAGGAUUGUAGAUUUACUUGAAGGUUCUUUUCUCCCACCUGACCAAAACAUUAAGGUUUGGGUGAAGAGGUGCAUCAACUUUUACUCAAGAAACCAUAACGCAGCUCGCAAGUUCUAUCUUUACGCUAAAGAUAAUCUGUCAAUAAUUGAAGCUGAAAAGUUCAUACUGCAGUUGUGUGCGUCUGUGUUUUAUUUCUUACAGAGUAGUUCUGAUACGUCAAGUGAGAAAUUGGAAGAAAAUCAAAAUCAUGAUGAGUCGUCCCAGAACGUUUCCGAGAACUGUAUUGAUGGCUUGCUUGAAACUAUCUUCAUAAUGUUGCAAUACGUGACAUACCAAGUGCCUUCAAUGACACAAAAAGUUGCCCAAGAUGCACAGAAAGAAACAACUGCUGAAUCUCGGAACCUCGCAAAACUAAUCAUGACAAAAUUGCCUGGACUGUUGCACAACUGUUUUAAGAAAUUUCACGACAAGAGAAAAUUGAAUUCACUUUUUCAAAUCUCAGCUUGCAUGCAUCCUUCGAGUAUGCCAGUUCUAAGCAAAAGCAUCCUCCCAAAGCUUCGUGCUCUCCCAGAGGACUCUCCUGAUUAUUACAUCAAGAUGCUGAUCCAGUGUUUAGUGAAGUGGAACAUGGGGCGGGAGGUGCUUGACCUUGUGCAUGAGUGGUUUACUGCCUCAACGGAUGCAACACAAACUACUUCAAAGCCAAGGCGUUCAACUAGUUCAGCAAGAAAAUACCAGAAAACUGUUGGAUUUGCUUCAAUUCAAAACGAGUGCAGAGUAAAACAAGCUGUUAUCUAUCUGAGGUUUUGUAUGGAGAAUGAGAGUAUUUGGGAGAAACUGUUAAAGGACAAAAACUGCAUCAAGAUUAUUUAUUCAAUUUCUGAUUUUCUAAAUUCCUGCUCGGUUGAACUAAUAUCACGCUUUCAAAACAAACCACCCACGUUAACAAAAUGGGACGACAAGAUGUUAAUUUCAGCUCUUGAGCUUCAAACUACACUGCUUGGUCACAUGCAUUUCAUUCACAACAAACCAGAUGAGCCAGUCACACAACAUGACCCAACCACCAUUGUAAAGUUUGUGAAUCAAAUAUCUGAAGGUUUAUUCCAAACUGUACAAGGUGUUUCUCAUAGUAGCCAGUUGGAAAACCUUAGCACUUCAAUGCUCUCUGCUACACACAGCGCAAGCACAGAAGCUGGGAGUAACUUUUUACGAAGACUUUCCCUCUGCAAAAAGUCUUUGUCUGUAAUUUUCCCACAACUGGCUUGGUUUCUUAAAUCCGGUAUUCAAGUUGCUGAAACCAGUUUAGAUUUUUUGACGAAAUUUUUCAGCGCAGAUAUUUCAGCCACAGAAUACUUGGGUGACAUUACAUCACUGUUGUGUGAAAUACAUGAACAUAUGUUGCUGUCUGAUUGGUCAGCUGAUGAAAAAGAGGGUGUGAGAUCCAAUUUCUUCCAAUGCUUAAGCAAUACACUUCUAUCCAUGGUAACAUACAACCGACAAAACGUGGAUGGGUUUUUGGAAACUUUUAGGCUUUCAGUACGCACACCACUUCGAAAAAUUGUCCAGCAGCAUUUUUCGCUCAGUGAUUCUGAAACUAAGCUCUCUUACCCUGACCUUGCUAGAGGUGUAUGUUCAGUCAUCAUUGCAAAUAUUUUGGCAAGUUUAAAGUCCUCACCCGACGCAUUCAACGAGAUCAACAAAAUAUCCGAUUUGCCAACUCUUAGUGCCCAGCUUGUACCUUUACUAUGUGCUACAUCACUCGAAUGUGAAUAUGUCACUGGCUUGUUGCUUCACAUGUUCAAUGAAGCUAUGAGUGAUAAUGAAACACCUUACAAAACCAAUUUACAGAAGACUUAUUUUCAACUGCUUACUGUUUUAAGCAAAGAUAGCAAAAAUCGAUCUGCUGCUUCAUCAGUUCUGUCACAGUUCCCAGAUCCCAGGGAAAAAUGAAAUCAUUGCUAUCUAAUGGGUUGUUCUUUUGUACACUGCCUUUUGAUAUGUUUUUCACACUAUUUGUCUAAUAUAGUUUAAAAUGAUGUUACAUUUAGUCAGUAAAUAAAAACGAUGCCAGUCGUUUAAAAUUAAACACACACAGUG